AAAGGCCGCGGGCCGUCUGCCCGCGCAGCACUCGGUGAGGUGGGAGCGGCGCCGCUGCGGUCCCUGCGCUGUCCCCGGGUCUGGUCCGUCCGCUCCCGGCGGUGACGCGCGGCUGUUCCCGCAGGAUGCCCAGGGCCAAGGAGUCGGUGGGGACGAGCAACUCGGGCAGCGGCCGACAGGAGGAGGAGGGGCAGAAAAGAAAGCAAGAAGCGUCUUUGAAAUCAGAGAAAAGAAUGAAAACAGAGGCCAAACCCUCAGAGGGGACAGAAAAGGGACAGGGCAGCGAAGAGGAGGGCAUGUUCCAGAUCGGGAAGAUGCGUUACGUCCACGUGUCCAGCUUCAAGGGGAAGGUUCUCGUGGACAUCAGGGAGUUCUACGUUGACAAAGAGGGUGACAUGAAACCGGGGAGGAAAGGGAUCGGCCUGUCUGGAGAACAGUGGAACCAGCUGAAGGAGAUCGUUCCUGAGGUUGAUGCUGCACUCAAGAAAUUGUAAGAUGAAGAAUCAUUGGCACCUUCAACCUGUUUCCUUUCUCUCAAGUGCACUGACAGCCGUAAGGCCAAAGAUUCUCAUUUGGCGCCUUCCCCCCUCCUCGAUGGGGUUUUCUCGCUGAGGUGGGGGCUGUGCUGACAAGAGCAGACACUCUUCUGUUUGCAAGAAGUAGCUUGUAAUGAGCAUCUGGAACGAGAGGCCGUGCUGUGAAGAGACGUCAGCAGCUCUGGUCCCAGGUGGACUCGGUCUGUGCUGGUGAGGGACGCGACCCCAGCGGCUUUGCAGGGGGAGGUGGCCCCAGCGUCCCUGGUGGGGUGGAACUGCCCCACGUGUGUCACUGCUCCACGGCCUGACCGUGAAGAUGGUUUGUAAAUCUCACGUUGCCAUCCUCUGCGUUUCCUCCACACGUCAUUCUGGCUAUUUCAAGUACUUCCUGUGUUGGUGGCGGUUGUUUGGUGGUUUUGUUUCCGAGUGAAGAAAGGGAUUAUUAUAUUUUAGCAACUGGUUUGUCUGUAGAGGGUGAAUAUGCACAAUAAAUGUGUUUGCAUUAUGAAAA